AAGAUUUUUAUCAGCUGUGCAAUAUAGUGAGUGAAGCUGGACUCCAAGAAAGGCCCAGCUACGAAUAUGGGCCAAAUCAGGACAGCCAUCAAUAUGAGCUUUACACCCCAGAUUUGGAGCCCUAUUUGAAUCGCUUGGAUCGUGAGGAGGGAGCAGCUGACACCAACAGAGAACAAAACCAUGCAUUUGAGGAUAGCACAACACCACAAAGACAACAGCUCCUCCCAGUUCAGACACAGCCUCGCUACAUGCCUGAGCACAUUGAGCAGCACAGCAGCUUUGAAGGACUACAAGCAGAAGAAUGUGGAAUUCUUAAUGGUUGUGAAAAUGGACGGUGUGUACGUGUGCAGGAAGGCUAUACUUGUGACUGCUUUGAUGGCUUCCAGUUAGAUUUGGAGAUCAUGGCCUGUUUGGAUAUCAACGAAUGUGAAGCAGCAAAUGCCUCCAUGAUUCUUUGUCAAGGUAAUACCUGUGAAAACACCGAGGGCUCCUACCGCUGCACCUGCUCACCUGGCAGUGCAGCUCUCUUGGAGCCUCACUGCAUUCCAGAGACUGCACAAAAUCCAGAGGCAGCGUAAUUUCAAAAGAAGUGAUAAAACGGAGGCAACAUUUUCAGCCAUUUGCUUCAAGAACUGGAGAUCUGUGCAGCCAGAAAAUAGUUUCAGGGAUCUCAGCAGCUUUAAAAUAUUUUAUUUCCCAGAAAGCAGAGACUCAAUGUAUGCAUCUGUUGAAUUACAGUAUUUCAGCCAGUGUAAACACUCAGGGCCCAUUCCUCGUGUAUGUACAUUUGAAAAGCUGUCAUUCUAUUUUUAUCAGAGAUUUUUGGCCUUCUGUUACUAAUUUGCAUUGGGUGGACCAACAGUACACUUCCUCCUUUCUGCUCACCUCUUUUGUUUCUCAGUUCAUAUCAUAGGCUGAACAAACUUGUGUCCCCUGAAUUAUUCUCACAAGGCUUUAUCCCUUUAUUGUACCAAUUUCUCACUAAUUCCAUGUCAUCUUAUAUUUCUUUACCAUUCAUAGAAUACUGCUUCCGAAUUUUACUUAUAAUACUUACUCUAGUCUUUUCAGAAAUAGUCUGAGAAUCUAAUCAUAUCUGCCAUAGUUGGUCAGGGACAUAAAAAUAGAGUUCUUCCAGCUUUGUGUACUAAAUGGGCAUCUCAGCCUCAUAGCUACUAAUGCAUUAUGUCCUCUUUUUACUACAGCUGAAGGAAACUUCCAUUCCACAGAUAACAGACAUUUGGCUUCCCAUUGAAUCCAACCAAAAAUCUAUAUAACCUUCCCUUAAAGUUAUCCUUACCAGCAAAGCAAAAAACACAGUAUCCCAUUCCCAAGCCCAGAACACGUUGCCCAUUCUCAGAGUUACAGCAACUAUUUAUAGUCUGAUUGGGGCUUGGACUUUGGGGGGUCUCUGUUCACCACAAGCCAUGGUGGUGAACAUCCAACUGCACCUCUAUGACUGCUGGAAUGUUGCUUUGGGAAGCAGGAAAGAUUAUAGCUCUUUAGUUUUAAGAAGUACUCUCUGCAUUGCUUUCCACUGGGAAAAAUACAACACAAUGUUAAAUAAAUUGUUUUUUUUUAAAUUGUGCCUAAUGGUGUAUAGCCUGGGGCUGGUCAUAAAUAUUUCUACAUUCUCUUUCCAAGCUUAGAACUGGAAACUCUUGGGAAGAACCAGCUAGGAAUCAGAUCCUCCUGCUUCAGCAAGUAGAAAAGAGAUGGCUAGUUUGGAAAAAAAGUACUUUUACAGAUUGAGCAAAUGAAAGCAACCCAUAUAUGAUAGUAUGACUUUCAACCCCAGCAGUGUCCACCACACCAGUAUUAGGAAGCUAUACUUAGCUAACUGUGGCUGAUUGCAAAAACUAAUCAGGGCUGGUCUUGGUCAGCACUUGGAUGGAAAAUCACCAGAAUUUCCAGGGCUAUAGGCUUGACUGAAAAGUUGAAAGAAUGUCUCAGAAGGAGGAAAUACAAACCAUUUCUGUAUUGUUGCCAAGAAA